AUGGAUUCUAAGGCGUAUAAGAUGAAUAUUAUAGAUGAGGCAAUGUCUUUUGAUGAAUUUAAUCUUUAUUGGAAGAAAAUUUUAAUUUCAGGAGGGCUUAGAGCCUUAGAGCGUGGCGACGAAUUCGAUUGGAAUAAAACAUUACAGUUUAUUAGUAAUAGAAAUAAUUAUACAUCAUGGGAAAUUGAGAAAGAUGAUAAAUAUUGGGAAUUUAUUAGAGGAGUUUAUAAUCGGAAAUUUAAUACGUUAUCAAAAGAUACUAAAGACGAGAAAGAAGUUAUUAAUAACGAGCUUUGGAUUUUUUGUUUUAAUGCGUUAAAGAACGAGUUUUGGAACAAAAAGUGUAAUGAAGUCAAUGAGAUAGAACAGAGUUUAGGUAUUAAAAAAUCAGAUAAAAGUUAG